CGGGCCGCCCCGCGGGGCGGGGAGCGGGUGGGAGCCGCGCAGGGCCCGAGGAGGCCCCGGAGCCCUCCGAGCGGCUGCGGUGGGGGGACGCGGGGCCAUGGGGGGCCGCGGGCUGCUGCCGCUGCUGCUGCUGGGCGCCGCGGGGCUGCUGCUACGGCCGGCGGAGUCUGCGGAGCCGGCGGACCCCGUCAGCGCCGAGCGGAGCCUGGCGUGGGGCCCCGGGCUGGAAGCGGGGCUCACCGUGCCCGUGCGGCACUUCUACAUCCAGGCGGUCAGCGCGGCCGGACGCAACUUCUCCCGCUCCCCGCCAGGAAAAACACAGUUUAAAGUGGUAAUUAAAGCACUUUCUCCAAAAGAAGUCACCAGAAUUUACACGCCUCGGCCUUUGGAUAGAAAUGAUGGUACAUUCCUUAUGCGGUAUCGGAUGUAUGCAAGUGUCACAAAAGGCUUAAAAAUUGAGAUACUUUAUGGUGAUCAGCAUGUGGCUCAAUCACCUUAUAUUUUGAAAGAACCAGUUUAUCAUGAAUACUGUGACUGUCCUGUAGAAGACCCUGAGGUCUGGCAGGACAUGAUGUCCUGUCCAUCCCAAGAGCCUCAGAUUACAAAAGACUUCAUUUCAUUUCCCACCAUUGACCUGCAGCGAAUGCUUAAGGAAAUCCCAGCAAAGUUCAGCCAAACAAGAGGUGCUAUUGUUCAUUACACUAUCCUGGAUAAUCACAUCUACCGGCGCUCCUUAGGGAAGUACACAGACUUCAAGAUGUUCUCCGAUGAAAUGUUCCUGUCGCUGGCCAGGAAGGUUCGUCUUCCUGACGUAGAGUUUUAUCUCAAUGUUGGAGACUGGCCAGUUGAGCAUCGGAAAGCUAAUGACACCCCUGGGCCUGUACCUGUCAUCUCCUGGUGUGGCUCUGUGGAUUCCAGAGAUAUCAUCCUGCCAACGUAUGAUGUAACCCACUCAACUCUGGAAACCCUGCGUGGAGUCACCAAUGACCUCCUUUCCAUUCAAGGAAAUACAGGCCCCUUUUGGGAAAACAAAACUGAGCGGGCUUUGUUUAGAGGUCGAGACAGCCGAGAAGAACGUCUCCAUCUUGUCAAGUUAUCCAAGGAAAAUCCAGAACUACUAGAUGCUGGAAUAACUGGAUAUUUCUUCUUCAGAGAAAAAGAAAAAGAGCUGGGGAAGGCUCAGCUGAUGGGCUUCUUUGACUUCUUUAAGUACAAAUACCAAGUGAAUGUAGAUGGCACCGUAGCAGCAUACAGGUUUCCGUACCUCCUGCUGGGAGACAGCCUGGUAUUGAAGCAAGAUUCCCAGUACUAUGAACACUUUUAUAUUGGAUUAAAACCUUGGAAACAUUAUGUUCCAGUUAAGAGAAACUUAGAGGACUUGCUAGAGAAAAUAAAAUGGGCUAAGAAAAAUGAUGAGGAAGCAAGAAAAAUUGCUAAAGAAGGACAACUAAUGGCAAGAGAAUUACUUCAGCCUCACAGGUUUUACUGCUACUAUUAUAAAGUGCUCCAGAAAUAUGCCGAACGCCAAGCCAGCAAACCUGAAAUACGGGAUGGAAUGGAACUUGUACCUCAGCCUGAUGACAGGGACUCAGUGUGCAGUUGCCUCAGGAAAAAGCCUUUAAGGGAAGAUCUAUAACUGUACUGGAUGGAGAAAAUUACCCACUUAAAAUGCAAGAAUAGGAAUUAAGCUGUGAAAUCUAAGACUCUUAUGCAGUAGCAGGCAUUCUUAGUUAUGUAUUCUUCUUGUAUUUUCAUACCCUUUUUCCUGCUCAUUCUGAUCUACAAUGUCGGUUCUCACAGUUUUGGCUCCAUGACCACCACCAGACAGACACUGAGCCUGCAGUGAGGAGUGUCUGGGGGAUUUGUUUGAUGUACUGCAUCAUCAGGAAGCAGAGCACAGAGCUGCUCGUGUUCCAGAUGGGACCUAUUUACCAAAGUUUUGUGAGGAA